CUAAUCAGUCCCGUUUUUAUUGAUUGCGUUCGCAGUUUUAUUCAGAUAAAGCGGGAUUUCUUUUAAUCUUGCUUUGUUGUUUUGCAUUUGUUGAGUAUAACAUUUGGUUAACACUAAGGACGUCUAACUUUCAUUUAAAGACGACGGCAACUAACAUGGCAGUCAGGCUGUGCGAUGUGGCUUCUCUGCUGAGAAGUGGUUCGUGGGCAGCUGAGCCUUGGACUGGGCAGGUUAUCGCUGCCAUGGAAACACAGCUGUCCAAUGGACCCACUUGUAACAGCACAACCAAUGGCCCCACCACAAUGUCAAACAACUGCUCCUCUCCCAUAGAAUCAGGAAAUGUAGAAGACAGUAAAACUAACUUGAUAGUCAACUAUCUGCCUCAGAAUAUGACCCAGGAGGAGCUGAAGAGCUUAUUCGGGAGCAUUGGGGAAAUCGAAUCCUGUAAAUUAGUUCGAGACAAAAUAACAGGGCAGAGUCUAGGGUAUGGAUUUGUGAACUACGUGGAUCCAAAAGAUGCAGAAAAAGCCAUCAACACAUUAAAUGGCCUCAGACUUCAGACCAAAACCAUUAAGGUUUCCUAUGCUCGGCCGAGCUCGGCUUCCAUUAGAGACGCCAACCUGUACGUGAGCGGAUUGCCGAAGACCAUGAGCCAGAAAGAACUGGAGCAGCUGUUCUCCCAGUACGGCCGCAUCAUCACCUCCCGCAUCCUGGUGGACCAGGUGACCGGCGUGUCCAGAGGGGUGGGGUUCAUCCGAUUCGACCGGCGAAUCGAAGCCGAGGAGGCCAUCAAGGGGCUGAACGGCCAGAAGCCCCCCGGAGCCACAGAGCCCAUCACGGUCAAGUUUGCCAACAACCCCAGCCAGAAGACGAGCCAGGCCCUGCUGUCGCAGCUCUACCAGUCGCCCAACCGCCGCUACCCAGGCCCCCUGGCCCAGCAGGCCCAGCGCUUCAGGCUGGACAAUCUCCUCAACAUGGCCUAUGGUGUAAAGAGCAGGUUCUCUCCCAUGACCAUCGACGGGGUCACCAGCUUGGCCGGCAUCAACAUCCCGGGCCACGCGGGGACCGGCUGGUGCAUCUUCGUGUACAACCUGGCCCCGGACGCCGACGAGAGCAUCCUGUGGCAGAUGUUCGGCCCGUUCGGCGCCGUCACCAACGUCAAGGUCAUCCGCGACUUCAGCACGAACAAGUGCAAAGGGUUCGGAUUCGUCUCCAUGACAAACUACGACGAGGCAGCCAUGGCCAUCGCCAGCCUGAACGGAUACCGCCUUGGGGACAGGGUUUUGCAAGUCUCGUUCAAAACCAACAAAACGCACAAAGCCUAAUGUCUCCACAUACUAAUGAACAAACACUUUAUAUAUUAGGUAAAAAAAAAAAAUGUCUUUGUAAGUCAGUUAUGAAGCGAAAGAAUUAAUAUUUA